AAUGGAAACAACAAUGCCGGUUCGAACAAUGGAAAUGCAAGCGGAAACAAUAAUGCUGGUUCAGACAACGGGAAUGGAAAUGGAAACAACAAUACUGGUUCGAACAACGGAAAUGCAAGCGGAAAUAAUAAUGCCGGUUCUGGAAAUGGUAAUGAGAAUGGAAACAACAAUGCUGGUUCGAACAAUGGAAAUGCAAUACCGGAAGUUUUAAUGGAAAUUCUAAGUAACGGUAACAAAAACAAUGGAUCGUCCAAUGGUAACGAAAAUGGUAAUAAUAGCACAGGAAAUUUCAACGGUGAUGCAAAUGGUAAUUUGAACAAUGGCAGCUCGAAUGGAAAUAGUAAUGGCAAUAAUAAUACCGGUUCGUUUAACGGAAAUCAAAACGGCAAUAAUAGUACCGGUUCAUUCAAUGGAAAUUCGAAUGGUGUUAAUAACACUGGUGACUCUAAUGGUAAUAAGAAUGGGGACAAUAAUAGUGGAUCCUUCAACGGAAAUGCUAACGGUGUCAAUAAUGAAGGAUCGUUUAAUGGCAAUCAGAAUGGUAAUAACAGCACUGGUUCAUUCAACGGUAAUCAGAAUGGUAUAAAUAACACGGGCAGCUUUAAUGGUAAUCAGAACGGUAAUAACAAUACUGGUGAUUCUAAUGGAAAUAAGAACGGCAAUAAUAAUACGGGUGAUAGUAAUGGAAAUCAGAACGGAAGCAAUAAUAACGGAACAUUCAAUGGCAAUUCUAAUGGAAACAACAAUAAUGGAACCGCCAACGGUAACCAGAACG